AUGCCCAGGCCCUCAGCGCCUGCAGCGAUUACCUCUUCCAGCACCACUCACGCCCUUCCUGCCUCAAUUUCGACAACUUCUGCCUCCCCCGCACUCACCACUACAUCAGUAUCGGCACUCCUCACCCAAUUCAAUGCACCCGAGCGAGGUACCACUCAUAGCAGAGCUAGCAGUAUCGCCUCAGACUCUCCCAAGAGGCCCCAGACACCACAGCUAGGCCCUGUCGCCCGUCUACGCGAAUCUGGCAACAGCAAUCGGGCUCCACAAAGCCCAAACAGCGCUGAGCUUGGUCAGGGUAGCUCCGUUGACGACUCUUUUGCUGGCAGCUAUAGCAUUCCUAAACGGAGGAGCUCACUAGUCGGGCCGCAGCAUGACGCUGGCGUUAGCCCUGUGCAGCUUGGACGCAGGCUCAGAGCCACAACAAAUAGUGUCGAUGAAUCUCUACCAAGAAGCAGAAAUGUUACAUUUGACUCCACGGCCGAUACUCAAGGUAGUAGAAGCUCAGCUCCUUCUUCGCCAGGCGAGAAUGCCGAGCCUGUCGGGGGCGAUUACAAAGAGCCUGAAGUGUUUGGCGAGGUCAGUACUGAAUCCUUUGGUGCAGCUCUCCAAAGUCUUAAGGAAAUAGAAAGUCGCAACAACUCUUCUACAGCUGCGAAGGAAAGCACAGGACUAGGCAGUGAUCUGCCUAUGCCGGCAGAGGCCCUUCAAGUACUCGAGCAAGCUACCAAGCACAGCGAGAAUCUCUCCGAGGUGGAUAGAGACAGGGCGACCGCUGAGCUUCGCGCUCAUUCCGAGAAGCAGCUCAUCAACGAGCAAGACAAGGAAAGGCGCCAGAGUGAGCUUGACAGCUUUCAAGAGCAGAGCCAGCGCAACGAGCGUAGUGUGCUUGCCGAACAGAUUGAGCCAAGCAAUGAAGAGUCUCAGUCAGGACUGAGUCCCCCCCUUGAAUCGGCGAAGCCAUUCAUUGAGACUUCUGAACCUCGACUACGCAGACGUCGCAACUUCUCCGCUUCGCAGAUGACUGCCGAUGCAGAGGAAGAAGCAGACGUGGUCGAGUCUGUGCAGGCUAGCGACAGCGUGACGGAGGAGACGCCAGGUGCUACCGAGGGCAGGCCAGGUGCUAUAAUGGAGGCACCAAUUGUUGCCGGAGAUGUUCCAGGUGCCAUCAGAGAGACACCUGGUGCUAUUGGACACACGCGAGGUGCUGUCGGACCAGAGCAAGCCGAUGCGCUUGAUGCCUUUGUGCCGCCUAGUAUGCAGGUGAUCCACGCUGGCAACGACGAUGGCUCGGACGGAAGCGCUCAAGUCUCACAGGCUCCAGCCGAGUCUGUCGAAUCCGGUGCCUCGAUUCUCGCUGAUUCGGCGCCCGUGAAGGCCGAGAGCGACACAACCGGGGCGUUGGAAGGGGCAACAGUGGCACAGGAGCCGAGCGCUGAAGACGCCAAAGUAACAGCCGCCCUCACAGGUGCGGCUCCGAGCAUUGAGAGCGCUGAACAAAGCGAAGAGGUCAACGACGUAAAGUCUAAGGCUGUGGGGCCAGAAGGAGUGGAAAAAGCAAAGGUGGCCGAGCCUCCCACAACCGAGGGUGCCAAAGAGCUCCUUCCCGACUCUAAAAUGACUACAUCGACGGACAGAAAUGCCAGUCAUCGAAAGCCUGGCAAGCUUACGGCCAUCGAGCGCCAGAUCAAGGAAGACGGCGCCAGAGUCUCUUCGGUGACGGGCAAAGGCAGGCCAGGCUACGAAGUGCUAGUCAAGAAGCAAAAGGGCCCAAGAAUACCCAUCAGUGACCAUUCCCAAGAGAGCUCAUGCGAAGCUUCCUGCUACGACGACGACUUCGGGUGA